UCACGUUUGGUGUCGGUGGUAUGAAAAUCUAUUGACACAGUCGUCUAGUGUCAAAGCCGUUAUGUCACCUUAUCUCAGUUAUCUCCAAAGCUAUUCAAAUUUUUCAACAGUGAGUUUCUCCUCUCUGACAGAGCCGGCGCGGAUGAGACAUGCAAACGUAAAGUGACUUUAGCAGUGAAUGGCAGUGGGUAUGAAUUAGUAGUUCAGUUAAAAAAUAAUUAAUAUUACAUAGGUAUUUAAUGCAACGAUUCUUUCUAACAUCAUUAUCUGCAUCAUCCAUUUCUAGGUAGAUGAAAUAACACCUAUUCAAAAGUAUUUUCCAUUUUAUCUAAAGGCAGCACAUUUUAAUCUAGAUUGGUCAAAAUUCUAUUAAUAAACAGUUUAAUGAUAAACCAAGUGAUUAAAUAUGUUCAUAACAAAAAAGAUAAACAAUAGUGUGCAUCUCUUGACAAUGAAAUCAUUUACAAAAGCAAUUAAAUGCACUUACCUGUACUAGUUGCAUAAAUAAUAAGUCAUAAGAUUAAAAUGUUAGAAACAUUUUGUAUUUAUUUAUUUCAGUUAUUUUAGCCCGCAGCCACAGAGAGUUUGUCGCGCGGUCACGUGGUCAGAGGCUUUUAGCACCGACGUCAGAGAAGCCGAGCUGGUGCCGACUGAUCCGCACCGUCCUCCCGCAGUUCAGCCCCGCGUCCGCCCGCGGAAACACGUCGCUCCGGCAGCGUUUUACCGCUGGCUUCAACUUUCCACUCGCUGCUCUCGGAAACAGACCUUCUUGUAAUGUAACGUGACCUGCGCUUAGCCGUUAAUAAUGUUACCCUGCUCGCAUUAACGCAGUAUACGGCUAGCGUAACAAAAAUGUCUCCUCGCUAAGAAAACAACUGGUGGUUUUCUGUCGCGUUCAAGUUUACAGGUGUGGGGGUGAGCCCAUGGAGAAGCCGUCAUCGUCAGGGAGAGCAGCGCUGGAGGAGAGUAAAAGCCUGGUUGAGGAUGCUGGAGUGCUGAGAGGAGCCGAAGGCGGGGAGGCAGAUCCUCCGACCCCGAGGAAGAGCAGCUCCUCUCGUUCCUCCCGCAAGAGCUUCCGCCUGGACUACCGGCUGGAGGAGGAGGUGACAAAAUCCUGUCGGGACAAACAUGGCCGCUGGACCAACCCCUGGCCCACAUGGCGGUUCCCUUCCUACACCACCCUGCUCAGGUUCCUGCUGCUGGAUAAAAAUCACAGCAAUAUACCUUCUAGUAAAGAGGCUCUGGACAAUGAGCUCCCAGUGAUGGAACCGUACUUCGUCCAGAACCCAGACCUCUCAGAGUCUGGUCCAGGUCUGAGAGUCACCUGGCUGGGUCACGCCACGGUCCUGGUUGAAAUGGAUGGGCUGAAUAUUCUGACAGACCCAAUUUUCAGCCAGAGGGCCUCGCCGUUCCAGUUCAUGGGGCCAAAAAGGUACCGAGGGCCCCCCUGCACUGUGGAACAGCUGCCCAGGAUCGAUGCUGUUGUCAUCAGUCAUUCUCAUUAUGACCAUCUGGAUGCUGGAUCUGUGGCCAGCCUUAAUGCACGCUUCGGAGGGGAGCUACGCUGGUUCGUGCCCCUGGGUUUGAUGGACUGGCUGAUGAAGAUGGGCUGCGAGAACGUGAUGGAGCUGGACUGGUGGGAGGAGAACUGUGUCCCGGGUCAUGACGAUGUCACAUUUGUGUGCACACCCUCUCAGCACUGGAGCAAACGCACAGCGCUGGACGAUAACAAGUCUUUAUGGGGCAGCUGGUCUGUUUUGGGUCCGGACCAUCGAUUCUUCUUCGCUGGCGACACCGGCUACUGCUCCUCCUUCCAGGAGAUCGGACGACGCUUUGGACCAUUUGACCUUGCAGCGAUCCCCAUUGGAGCUUACCUGCCCAGGGAUAUGAUGCAGGGGCAGCAUGUUGAUCCAGAAGAGGCUGUUCAGAUUCACCAAGACCUUCAGGCCAAACAGUCCGUGGCCAUUCACUGGGGAACCUUUGCUCUCGCCUACGAGUUCUACCUGGAGCCACCGGCUCGUCUCAGAGAGGCCCUGGAACAGAAAGGACUGAAGCCAGAAUCCUUCUUCACUUUGCAUCACGGGGAGUCUCGCCUAAUAGCCUCACAGGAAGGAGACGUCUUUAAUUGAUCCUCUGUGGCCGACCGGCGUCUGUAACAAAGAGCAGAACAUUUUACUUACCAUACGUAGAUGGACUUCAGUGAUUUGAGUUUGAAAUGCAUAUAUGUAUGCAGCUUACCCCACUGGAAAUAAGUCAUUCAAAUGUUCCACAGCACUGUUUACAUACUGAAUGUUUGCCCUGCCAUUGUCACAGUGGUCAGUUCUACCUACAGGAGCUGAGAGUCCACUAUGAGAAAAUCUGAUUCAUCAGGUGAUGCUUUGAAGCAGAAAUGUCACAGCUCAUGAGAAACAGGGCAUGUCAUUUCCACACAGAUGUUAAAUGUUGGCAUCAGGUCUUACUGCUGUAUGCCCAGCGUGUAGUUCAAGUCACAAAUAAGCACAAGUAACAGAAAAAUACAUCUAUGCUGAAGAUAAAAGUGCCAGUUUUUAGAGCUUUUUGCAGCUAAAGAUUGUUUCCAUGAAGUGGUAACUUCAAUUUUGGAGAAUAUUUAAGACUGGGACGCCCACUGAAAAGAAACCUGCAUGCUAAUGUCAUCGGCUGGUGUAAACUUUACAUUCAGGAGGCCAAAAUGUUACCGGAACAAUAUCAGCCAAUCACGGUGAAAAUAAUAAAAUGCAACAGGAAUUAAACUCACAUGGAGUAGCUGGUGCCAGUCGCACAUUACUGUGGGAACCAGAAAUUAAAGGAAUAGUUUGGGUUUUUUGAAGUGUGGUAGUAUGAGGUAUUUAUGCAUAGUCUGUGUGUUACCUACAGUACAUGGCAGUCAGCACACCCUCAGUUCAGAGAAGCAGCAGCAAAACAUGUAUAGCUACAGGAAAAAAAGACCACCAGUUUUGGUGUUUUAAAAGGGGUCAACAAGUCACACAUUGACACACACAAACUAACCGAUCGAGGCAGACCAGCAGCUCCUGUGUUCUCUAAGGUAAAAUUACUGUUUUUGUCAAAGGAGUCUGGUGGCUAUGGAGUGAACCAUAGCUGCUCGUUUCCCCAGCAGGGUAAAACACUGAAAAUAUUCUAAAUACAGCAUACACUUAACUGAUACUGAUUUAUUUUUUGGGUGGACAUAUAGGUUUGCUGCUGCCCCCGUUCACAGCAAUACAUUUCUUGUGUAGACUGAGGGCAUGCUGAGCGCCAUCCUGCGGAGAAGUACUACAUACAACCCCACUUAAAAAAAAAAACUGAACUAUCCCUUUAAUGUAGGUGAAGUUUGUAUGUAGGAAACAAUGUGUGAACCACAAACCUCUGGUAUAAAGCUGGACUGGAGACUGCAGCUUCAUGUUGACACAUAGCUGGACUUCCUGUGAGCUGUAAUAUAGAAGAGGAAAUUAGAAAGUUAUUUAGGAGUAGUGGUUUUCAAAGAUUGGUGCUAGGCAAAAAGGAUGUUUCUCUGAAUGUACUCUGGUCAACCCAAAACUAGACGCAACGCAGAAAUGUUAGAUAUCUAUUGUCUGUGAUAUGAGUUCCCUUCAACUGUCUGCUAAUAGAAACUGUAGCUGAGGAGCUGUGAGAUGCAGUCAGAAGCUGAGCUGGGUUCAGCUUCAUGCACUGCAAACGCUGUGCUUUGUUUUUGAUGCUCUGAAACCACAGCACAGAUGUUUGUUUUUUUCCUCUCUUAGCUUAUCAGUGCGAUCACAUUCUCACUUGCGUCAACGGAUGUAUUUGCCUCAGAGAGCAAAGCUACAGUAGAAUUGUUUUAGUGUUCAUGUGAUGUUAUUUUAUAUUGUUUUUGUUUUUCAAUGCUGGGUCUUUAAAGCCAGAAUGUACGAACAGGUGACAGCACAGUGAGUUCAUUUAGUAGCCUGGUUCUAACUACAAGGCCGGACUGUGCUAACUGUGGUUUACACUUGAUCAAUGUCACUGAAUUACUCAUUAAAUAUAACUCGCA